AUUCCACGCAUCUGCCCUUUGUUGUGUUCCGAAUCUGUUCUUGGGUACCCCACAUCGCCUAUGGGAAUAGGCAAUGUUGAGAAAACGACAAGGCAGCUAAAAUAGCCGGGUGGCCGGGGAAAUCCUAUAUUUUGACAAGACGAACGCAGAUACCUCUCCAUAUUGCAGAUGCAGUGCUAUACCGAAUUGCUGGCCCCUACUGGGGUCACUCAUGCAUUGGCAUUACCCUUCCUGAACGAUAGAUCCAACAAUCUUGUCGUCGUCAAGACCUCUCUCCUCCAGAUAUUCUCAGUGCAAAGUAACUCUUCUGGUCUACAACGGGUGGAAACACAACCCAACGAACAAACAACGAAACUAGUCCUGGAGAGGGAGUACCCUUUGGCUGGCACAGUAACCGACCUGUGCCGGGUCAAGGUAUUGAAUACCAGGAGCGGGGGGGAAGCCAUCCUCAUCUCAUUUCGCAAUGCCAAACUCAGUCUGAUUGAAUGGGAUCCAGAGCGUCGUGGUAUCUCUACAAUCUCGAUUCAUUAUUACGAGCGAGAUGAUCUGACCCGUAGUCCCUGGGUCUCUGAUUUGAGCAAUUGUGACAGCAUCCUUAGUCUGGAUCCAAGCAGUAGAUGUGCGAUAUUCAACUUCGGGGUUCGGAAUCUCGCCAUCAUCCCUUUUCAUCAGCCAGGGGAUGACUUGGUAAUGGGUGACUAUGACCCGGAUAUAGAGGGACAUCGAGCAGAGAGCUACAACCUCGGGGAUGUCGCUGACCGGGAGAAGGCCCAGCAAGGCCUAAUAUAUGAAACACCGUAUGCCCCAUCCUUCGUCUUACCCUUGAGUGCAUUGGACCCAUCAAUUCUGCACCCCAUAAAUUUCGCAUUUCUAUACGAAUAUAGGGAACCGACUUUUGGGAUCUUGUAUUCGCAGGUUGCGACGUCUAGUGCGCUAAUGCAAGAGAGGAAAGACAUUGUCUUCUAUUCUGUGUUCACUCUCGAUCUGGAACAACGAGCAUCCACCACGUUGCUGUCAGUAUCUAGAUUGCCCAGCGAUCUUUUCAAAGUGGUAGCCCUUCCGCCUCCUGUUGGUGGUGCUUUGUUGAUUGGGUCCAAUGAGCUGGUGCAUGUUGAUCAGGCUGGUAAAACCAAUGCGGUUGGAGUCAAUGAAUUUUCUAGAAUGGUCUCGGCAUUUUCUAUGACGGAUCAGUCGGACUUAGCUCUGCGCCUGGAGAACUGCGUUGUCGAGAUUCUAGACGACGGCAGCGGAGAUCUGCUCAUGGUGCUAUCAACAGGGGACUUUGCCAUUGUGAGAUUCAGGCUCGAUGGCAGGUCAGUGUCUGGGAUCUCAGUGCACCUCUUAUCGACUCACCCUGGGGUUGUCUCCAUGAACUCUGCGGCUUCCUCUUCGGCGUAUAUCGGCGAAGGCAAAGUAUUUCUGGGCAGUGAGAGUUCAGACUCUGUGCUUCUCGGCUGCUCCUUCACGUCCUCGAGCUCCAGAAAACCUCGCCCACAGUCGAGGCUUGCCAUGGAUGAUUCAGUGGACACAGAUGAGGACCAGAGUGAUAAUGAAGACGACUUAUAUGCCACAUCACCAGAUUUGGCGCUGGCUGUUGGCCCCUUGAAUAUUGAGCCGUCCUCUGGACUACGUUACUUUCAUGUCCACGACAAACUUAUCAAUAUCGCUCCGGUGAGGGAUAUUGCCUUAGGUAGGCGCUCUGUGGUCACAAUAGCCAAAGGCAGCCGCCUCGAACGUGACUCGGCUGAGUUGGAGCUGGUAGCAGCUCAGGGCUCUGAUAGUAGUGGUGGUUUAGUGGUCUUGAGACGCGAACUUGAUCCUGAUGUGCUGCAAUCCUUCAGCGUUGAGUCUGCCGACUGUCUUUGGACAGCUUCUGUAGUUCAUGGGACACAGGCCGUGUCUAAUGGCUCCGAUGACAAUCGAUCACAAUCGCGAUGUUUUGUCAUCAUUUCCAGAAGAAGGGGGAUUGAAAAAGAAGAGUCUCUUGUCUACUUGGAAGAUGCCGGUGAAUUGAAAGCUUUCAAAGCUCCCGAGUUCAACCCCAAUGAGGACACGACGAUCGAUAUUGGCACAAUGAUGGGCGACAAGCGAGUAGUCCAAGUCCUGAAAAAUGAGGUUCGAAUCUAUGACAGCGACCUGGGACUAACCCAAAUAUAUCCCAUCUGGGAUGAUGACACCAAUGAUGAGCGGGUAGCCGUCAAUACCAGCUUUGCAGACCCUUGCCUUGCAAUUCUUCGAGAUGAUUCGUCGAUAUUAUUUCUUCAGGUGGAUGAUAGCGGUGACCUUGAUGAAGUCAUUCUAAAUGAUCAAUUGGCAGCAAAGAAUUGGGUUUCCUGUAGCCUAUACUAUGACAAGACCGGCACGUUUUCAUCAGUCGACUCAGCUUCUAAAGGACUGCUUCAGGGUGGCCUUUACUUGUUCCUUCUGGGCCAGGACAGUAGGCUUUAUAUCUACCGCUUUCCCGAUCAGAACCUGGUAACUAUCAUUGAGGGACUAACCGGGCAGCCACCGAUAUUGUCCUCGGAGCCCCUCAGACGAGCUGGGGUACGGGAGUCGUUGGCGGAGGCCAUUGUUGCCGACCUUGGAGACUCCGCUAGCGCUUCACCAUACUUGAUUUUGCGUUCUCAAAACGACGACAUCAACAUAUACAAGCCAUUUGUCGCCUCCGCUGGCGCAGGAACUGGAACGUCAAGCCUGCGAUUCUCGAAGGAAGCUAACACAGUUGUUCCGAGAUUACCUUCCCGUGUGGGCUCAGAGCUAUCUGAUACAAGGCGAUAUGAAGGUCAAUCAUUGCGUAUACUCGCCAAUCUCUCAGGGCUCGCCACCGUGUUUGUUCCUGGGGCUUCGGCUGGUUUUAUCGUUCGAACAUCCACUAGCUUACCGCAUUUCAUACGCUUGAGAGGCAGUCAUCCACGAAGCGUGAGCACGCUUAAUCCCCUGUCAGCCAAUAGCAGUUUCGUCUUUUUGGAAUCCAAUGACACCAUUAAUUUGUGCAAAUUGCCCGCUGGCAUGCUAUUUGAUCAUGAAUGGCCUUUGCAGAAGGUGCCAUUGGGCGAACAAGUUGAUCAUUUAACCUACUCUUCCUCUUCCGGGACCUAUGUCCUUGGAACCUGCCAAAGGGCUACCUUUAAACUGCCCGAAGAUGACGAGUUACAUCCCGAAUGGCGUAAUGAAGUCGUUUCAUUCUUACCUGAGGUGCAUCGAAGCUCUCUGAAAAUUGUUAGCCCGAAAACAUGGUCUAUUAUUGAUUGUCAUUCUUUGGAUGCUAGCGAAUAUGUGAUGGCAAUGAAAAACAUGAGUCUCGAGGUAUCAGAAAACACGCAUGAACGCAGAGAAAUGAUAGUUGUCGGCACUGCGAUUGCACGUGGUGAAGAUAUACCAUCGCGAGGUUGCAUAUAUGUUUUCGAGGUCAUCAAGGUGGUUCCAGAUCCUGAAAACCCGGCAAUAGACCGCAGAUUGAAACUUAUUGGCAAAGAAGUGGUAAAGGGCGCUGUGACUGCAUUAUCCGAAAUUGGUGGCCAGGGUUUCAUCAUCGUCUCCCAAGGGCAGAAAUGCAUGGUUAGGGGUCUAAAGGAGGACGGCAGCUUGCUCCCAGUGGCUUUCAUGGAUAUGCAAUGCUAUGUUAGUGUUGUCAAAGAGCUGAAAGGCACUGGUAUGUGCAUUCUUGGAGACGCCACCAAAGGACUUUGGUUCGCUGGCUAUUCGGAGGAACCUUAUAAAUUGAGUCUUUUCGCGAAAGACUUGGACUAUCUGGAGGUGGUAGCUGCAGACUUUCUUCCUGAUGGCAAAAGGCUGUUUAUCGUUGUGGCUGACAGCGACUGCAACAUUCACAUAUUGCAAUAUGACCCCGAAGCAGACCCUAAAUCCUCGAAUGGUGACAGAUUACUCAGUCGUAGUAAAUUUCACACGGGCAAUAUGGCGUCUACGCUAACUCUUCUUCCACGUACAAGUGUUUCGUCCGGACUGUUACUCGCCCAAUCGGACGACAUGGAUCUGGAUCACCAAGUAUCUCUCUACCAGGCACUUGUAACGUCGCAGAACGGGUCCAUAGGUUUGAUCACAUGCAUCACAGAAGAGGUUUACCGUCGACUGUCAGCUUUGCAGUCUCAACUGACCAAUACUCUCGAACAUCCCUGUGGUCUAAAUCCUCGCGCUUUUCGUGCUGUCGAAAGUGAUGGCACUGCUGGAAGGGGGAUGCUGGAUGGUAAUUUGUUAUUUCAGUGGCUCGGCCUGAGUAAACAGCGCAAGACGGAGAUAGCAAGCCGGGUGGGCGCAAACGAAUGGGAGAUCAAGGCGGAUCUGCAAAGCAUAGGGGGCGAUGGGCUUGGAUAUCUCUGA